AUGUAAUGUUCUCCAGGUGAAGCCAUCAAGUGCUUCGACUGCAACAGCGCGAACAACUCGGCGUGCCUGGACCUGCACAUGCCCAGGAUGAAUGCCAUCAUUCCAGUGGUGGACUGCUCGAAGGCGCUACCCAACAGCAUCAGCAAACAAUUCUUCUGCCGGAAGAUCACGCAGACCAUCCUCCACCCUGACCAUACUCCAGAGGUCAGAAUAACCAGAGGUUGCGGCUGGGUGAAGCACAAACGCGAAUGCUACACCGCCGACAACAAGGACCACCUUGAGACCGUCUGCCAGUGCUUCGGUGACAUGUGCAACGCCGCCGCAGCCUUACGAGACGUCAAACUGACCGCUGUCACCUCACUGGCCGCCAUCUUGGUUUUUAUCAGAAGUUGGCGGGCUUGAACGAAGUGCAACGAACUUUGGUGAAGACGAACUUGUGUGUGGAAUUGUAUAACUUAA